CUUCUCGAUACAAAUAAUUGGAUGAGUGGAAGGUGGGAGGUUAAGUAAGCUUACUUGUUCGCUCCCAUUUGUGUGCAUGUCUCGGAAUUUCUCAACCGUCUUUGGUUGUGUAACAAAGUAUUUCAGGACGGUGUGACUACUUCACGGACUUUGGAUCAUCACGCUACGAGGCGUUUGGAGAGCAAGACAGACGUCGAGAUGAUUUCUUCGACCUCAGAACCACCGGUUUCGAUCCCCAUUAUCGAUUUUUCGAAAUGGAUAUCACCCAAUUCUCCAGAAGAGCGUCUCGAGGUGGCAAAAGAGUUGGCUGAUGCAUGUCAUAACGUUGGGUUCGUUUCAAUCAUCAACCAUGGUGUUUCCCCAGAGCUACUUGAAGAAGCAUUUGCAAUGUCGAAAAAACUCUUCGAGCUCAAGCCAGAAGAAAAGAUGCUGGCACCUCAUCCAGACGGCCCAGAGGUUCAUCGUGGAUACUCGUGGCCUGGGUUGGAAAAGGUAUCACAGGUGAUCAGUUCAGACCUUGAAGUCGGAGAAGCUCUGAGGGCAGUGAAGGAUUGUAAAGUGAGUAAUUGUAUAGAACAAUGAAAAUAUAGGCUAACGCAUACUUUCACCAGGAAAGCUACGAAAUCGGAAGUGAAGAAAAUGAAGAACAGCCCAACGUUUGGCUACCCGAAAAAGUGUUCCCUAACUUCCGAAAAUUCUUCAUGGACUUCUAUUGGAAAUGUUCUGCCACCUCUCAAGAAAUCCUGAAGGCUAUCGGGACAGGCAUGCAUUCGAAAGACCCCGAGUUUUUGUUGAAAUACCAUAGUGGUCAUAAUAACCAACUUCGACUUUUACAUUAUCCACCUAUCCCAGCUGCUCAACUAGAAAGCGAAGCGAGUGCAAGAAUGCCAGCUCACUCAGAUUGGGGUUCUAUCACUAUGCUGUUCCAAGAUGAUUGUGGAGGGUUGGAGGUGGAGAAUCAACAUGUUCCCGGGGAAUUUAUUCAUGUCACUCCUUUGAAGAAUGCCAUUGUUAUGAAUAUUGGGGACUUGCUAAUGAGAUGGAGUAACGGUAAUUCAAACCCCGUUCCUUCCAACGCCGAGGACGCUGACAAGUGCAACAGACUGGUUGAAAUCAACACUUCACCGGGUCACCCUUCCACCAGCUUCAGACCGCUACACAGGGGAGGAACGAAUGACCAGAGCCCGAUACUCGAUACCGUAUUUCGUCAGUCCAGAUCUCGAUGCGAAAAUUGAAUGUAUGCCAGAGUGUGCGACAGAAAGUAAUCCUAAGAAGUAUGAACCAGUCAUACAGCGAGACUACUGGCUUAUGAGAGCAAAACUACAAUAUCCCACCAAAGCAACACCGUAUUCGGCGGUUGCAACAUAAUGCAAAUGUUUUUUUAAAUCACUAAUUGUAUGUUAAUGAUGCAUUCUCUUACUAUACAGUUAAUUCAUGGAAGAUGAACUUUGAUCUAAUGUCUAGAGAAAUGCCUGAUACCUUCCGCUGCACCACGAAAAAACGAGUCUGUCCUCAGAAGAGAAGGUCUGAUGAGACCAAUUGUACUCCAAUCUGUAAUCUUCGUCGCUUUAUUAAGAACAUCUUGGUAUUUCUGUAACAUCUCAUAUGCCUUCGCGACUUGUGUUUCUGUCGACGCACAGAAGAAAAGAUAUAUCAGAUGAUUUCCCCCAACUAUUAGGUUACUACGACUAUCUGUCGAAGCA